AACCUUAUUUUAACUCAAAGAAUCAACACAACACAACCUUCUAUCUAAUACAAAAAGAAAAUGAGUUUCUUUGGAAAACAAAACAUUCUAUUCCUCAAAGGAUUCAUGAUCUUGUUUCUUAGUUGUAUAGCCACAAGGUUUAACUUUUGUCUUUCCAACAACCCGUUUUCAUUAAAAACACUUCCACUAGAAGGACAUUUGAGUUUUGAUGAAACUAGCCUUAACAAAGCAUCAAAAGAUUUUGGCAAUAGAUACCAAUAUCAUCCAAUGGCAGUGAUGUACCCAAAAUCAGUUUCUGAUAUUGCAACAACAAUAAAACAUAUAUGGCAUAUGGGACAUAGCUCUCAUCUCACUGUUGCAGCAAGAGGACAUGGACAUUCACUUCAAGGACAAUCACAAACUCAUGGAGGAAUUGUGAUCAAAAUGGAAUCACUCAAAGUACCUGAAAUGCAAAUCCAUGUUGGGAAUUCUUCUCCAUAUGUGGAUGUCUCUGGUGGUGAAUUGUGGAUAAACAUCUUGCAUGAGACUUUGAAAUAUGGGUUGGCACCAAGAUCAUGGACAGAUUAUUUGCAUCUAACAGUUGGUGGUACUCUGUCCAAUGCUGGUGUUAGUGGACAAGCAUUUAAGCAUGGUCCUCAGAUCAGUAAUGUUCAGCAGCUUGAGAUUGUUACAGGAACAGGGGAGGUUGUAAACUGUUCUGAGAAGCAAAAUGAAGAGCUCUUCCAGAGUGUUCUUGGAGGACUUGGUCAGUUUGGCAUUAUAACUCGUGCAAGAAUUCUUCUUGAACCAGCACCUUCCAUGGUGAAAUGGAUUAGAGUACUAUACUCAGAUUUCACAGAAUUCACUAGAGACCAAGAGAGAUUAAUAUCUGAAGAAAAUGCAUUUGAUUACAUUGAAGGAUUUGUUAUAAUAAACAGAACUGGUCUGUUAAAUAACUGGAGAUCAUCCUUCAACCCACAAGAUCCAGUCCAAGCUAGUCAUUUCAAGUCAGAUGGAAAAACUCUCUUCUGCCUAGAAUUAGCCAAAUACUUCAACUUUCAACAAAUUAAUAUAGUAAAUCAGGAUGUUGAGAGACAUUUGUCACGUUUAAACUAUAUCCGAUCAACCCUUUUUCAAACAGAAGUCACAUAUGUAGAAUUCUUAGACAGAGUGCAUGUAUCUGAGGUCAAAUUGCGUUCAAAAGGGUUGUGGGAUGUUCCACAUCCAUGGCUCAAUCUUUUUAUACCAAAAAGCAAAAUACACAGUUUUGCACAAUUUGUCUUUGGGAAUAUCCUUACACAAACAAGCAAUGGCCCUGUCCUUAUCUAUCCAGUGAAAAAAUCAAAGUGGGACAAUAGAACUUCAGUUGUUAUUCCAGAUGAAGAUAUUUUCUACUUAGUUGCAUUUCUUACCUCUGCAGUUCCUUCUUCAAAUGGAACUGAUGGCUUAGAACACAUACUAAGUCAGAACAAAAGAAUUUUAGAGUAUUGUCAAAGAGAAAAUCUUGGAGUAAAGCAAUAUUUGCCCCACCACAAUACACAAGAGGAAUGGAGGGACCAUUUUGGUACUAAGUGGGAGAUUUUUAGUCAAAGAAAAUUUGUGUAUGACCCAUUUGCAAUACUUGCUCCUGGCCAAAGAAUAUUUCAAAAAACAAUAACCACCUCAUGACUUUAGACAGCCUCACUCUUAAAAUGAGAAUAUCUCUUAUGGCACAUGUGACACAUAAAAAUGUUACAUGCUUAGACAUGUUUGAAUAUAGGACCAUACAAAUUGAUAGUGUACAGAAAAAAAUGGAGAAAAAGAGAUUUAUAAAAAUAUUAAUGGUUAGAUAUGUAUGUCUUUCAAGUAAAUUAGGAAUGUUAGACUUUCUACAAUUAAUAUUAAAUGAAUAUUCGUUAAAUCUAAGUUGUGGUUUAUUCUUGUUGAAUAAACAUUUAUUUGUUGA